AGUGGGCGGUGUGACAUUUCGGGCAUCUUGUUCCUAAAAUUUUCCACUCGCCCUGACGGCAUGUGAACGCAACGCGGGCCGCCAGGGCAAACAAUAGCGAGAAGACGCGCUCGUGCACAGCCGCUCUGGAAGCGGCAGAUGUGAAGAGGAGGCACAGGAGGAGGAAGCAGCGGCCAUUCACACUUCGAAGCGGGAGCCUCCUGCUCUCUCGUCCGUCUCGGCUCUCUCGUCCUCAUGGCCUCAGACGCUGCUGAUAAAGGAGACAGUAUUCUUGCUCUGCAAGCAUGGCAGUGAAUGUCGCUGGACUCGUGGCGGUGGCUGCCUUUUAUGUUGUUGUCCUGCUCACUGGCAUCUUGGCAUCGCGCAAGUCUAAGAAAGUGGAGAAGAAAUGCGUUGGCAAAAAGAGCGAAGUCUCCAUUGUUGGAGGCCGCAACAUCAACGUCCUAAUAGGAGUUUUUACCAUGACAGCAACGUGGGUUGGUGGAGGUUAUAUUAUGGGGACUUCAGAGGCUGUUUAUACUCCCUCUCAAGGUGUUGUCUGGGCUUUUGGGCCUCUGGCAUAUCUUUUGAAUUUUGUUUUAGGAGGAUUAUUUCUGGCCAAACCAAUGAGGUCAAAAUGCUACGUGACCAUGUUGGACCCGUUCCAGCACCGCUAUGGCCAAAUGUUCACGACAGCAAUCUUAGUUCCUGCUUUGAUCAGUGAUAUUUUGUGGGUUGCCUGCACCCUCGCUGCUCUAGGCGGGACGAUGAGCAUCAUCCUAGAGCUACCAUUUGUGAUCUCCAUCGUCAUCUCAGCGGCCGUCUCCAUCGUCUACACUUUUCUAGGCGGCCUCUAUGCAGUGGCAUACACCGAUAUCAUCCAACUGGCCUUCAUAUUUGUCAGUCUGUGGCUGUGUAUUCCCUUUAUUAUUAUCAGCCCGGCGGUUAGUGGCGCCUUACAGGCAGCGCAUUUCAACCAAUCAAGUGUGCACUCAUGGGUCGGGACGGUGCAGCUCCAGGACGCAGGGAAAUGGACGGACAAUUUCCUGUUGUUGACCUUAGGAGGACUGGCAUACCAAUCUCUACACCAGAGGAUCCUUGCUGCGGCCUCCUCGUCCAAGGCUCAGAUUACCUGCUUUGCUGCUGCUAUCUUCACUUUCAUUAUGGGAAUCCCCUCAGUGAUCAUUGGCGCAGUGGCUGCUUCAGCAGACUGGAACCAGACAGAAUAUGGUCUACCCCCACCUUAUGAACGCGGGGAGGCCGGGAUUGUUCUGCCCCUGGUCCUGUCCUACAUCGCCCCCAGCUGGGUGUCAGUGUUAGGCAUUGGUUCUAUAGCGGCAGCAGUUAUGUCCUCCAUGGACUCCACAUUGCUGUCGUCAGCAUCCAUGUUCACACAAAACAUAUACAAGACGACUUUGAGAAAGCAGGCCUCGGACAAGGAGCUGCUGUGGGUGGUCCGCGUUAGCGUGCUGCUGGUGGGCGUGGCCGGAACCAGCCUGGCUUUCAAGAAGAACAGCGUGCUGGCGCUCUGGCUGUUGGCGGCGGAUCUCCUCUACUGCAUCGUGAGCCCGCAGCUCUUUUGCGUGUUGCACCUCCGCUCCGCCAACAGCUACGGCGCCAUCAGCGCCUACACGGCGGCGCUGCUGCUGCGCGUGCUGAGCGGCGAGCCGGCCAUCGGCCUGCCGCCUCUCAUCCUCUACCCGGGCUGGAGGGAAGAGCGGGGCGUGGUCAACCAGUAUUUCCCCUUCAGGACUCUGAUUGCAUUCAUCUCUCUGGUGACUCUGCCCCUCGUGUCCUGGCUGGUCCAGCUGGCCUUCACGCGGCAGCUGCUUCCGCAGUCCUGGGACGUCUUGGGCGUGUGUCAGCAGCAAACGGAGGCGGCGGAAGAGGAAAUUCCGAUCCAACUAUCCAAUGAGGAAAAGAAGUAUAUCCAUAAUACAGCAUUAUAGAUGCUCUGCCAAACCUCCUCUUAUGCACACGGUGUUUACGCACUCUCACAUAUUUUCUAUGACACAACAAUUACAGUUAGGAUGGCCACCCCCAAAAAAGAAAGAGGCUGUCAAACACAAAUGAGUAAAAGACCCGUAAGGCUGCACUCACCUAAAAACAGGCCGUAUUUUCCCCGACUAUAAGCCGCCAGAGGUGGGAAUCUUUGGACAAAUCACGAUUCGAUUAAAAAUGGACAAUACAGUACAGGCCAAAAGUUUGGACACACCUUCUCACUCAAUGCGUUUUCUUUAUUUUCAUGACUAUUUACAUUGUAGAUUGUC